AUGCUAACGACGGUGGAUCGCAACCAAAUACUCGAAACAGAGCACAUUGUGUGCGGAGUGCCAAUUGUCAUUGCGGAGUUUUGUUCAUCCAAGGUUUCCGAAAAGUACAAAGAAAGGGCAAAGCAAAGCGGUAAGCUGCAGCCAAUGCCUUCGAAGCACAAUGUCGACAAUGUAAAGUCGAUAGCGUCUAACCCAGCCGAACCCAUUCUGCCGGAAAAUGAGCAGCAGCAACAGCAGCAGGCAAAACACAAUCAACCACGGCUAGAGAAAAAUGAUCUGCAAAGGCAAUCGGCCAGUCAAAAAUCACUCAAAUAUUUCCAAAUAUAUGUUGAAGGUGUAAAGUCGAUCAUCUCAACAGAUGACUUAGAAACCCACUUUGCACGCUUCGGUGAGGUACUCAAAGUGGACAUGUGCAUGAAUCCGUCAACAAACCAGCACGGUGGAUGUGGCUACAUUACAUUUCGACGGACGGCAGACAUUGAAAAGAUAGCUUAUAUGAAGCAUAUCAUACGUGGCGUUCGGAUUAAAGUUGAGGAAUGCUAUUUAUCCGAUGAUAUAGACAAUGACCCAGUAAGUGAACAAUGGGAGACAACUAACUGUGCUGGCCAACCACAAAAUGAGGUAGAAGUAUAUGUAGAUGUUGUGAAGCUUGGCGUCACUGUAGAAGCACUGCGCACAGUAGGUGCGCAGUUCGGACAAGUUAUCGACUUGGCCCUGUUUAUAUAA